AUGCCAGCAACCCCUCCUGGCACAACACUCAAGGUUCAAUUCAUAUCAAAGGCAGCCGAAUCGAAAAGAAAGAAGCCUUUCGAUGAAUCAUUGAUCGAAGAAGAAUAUGAUGUCGAGCAUAAUAGUGGUGUGGCCUACAGCAUGAAGCGAUUGACAAUUAAGAAUGAGGAGAGGGGCAAACAACCAGGCCAAAAUGAUGGCGAAGGAAAGACUACUCCGGCUGAAGCUUUCAAGAACAAAGGCAACGGCAACAAGUGGCAGAAACAACAGCCCAAGGGGAAGCCAAUGAAGAAGGAACCAGCUUUUCCAAUGUACAACUGCAGGGUCAUUGAGCUUGCUAAUUCUCCCGGAGAUAUCUGCAUUGCUGUCAAGAUUGCUGUUGGACGCAAGCCUUGUGACUUGCUCCUCGGCGACGAUAUUUAUACGGGCAAAGAUUUGCUAGCACAAUCUGUUCAGGAUGACCAAUUUUCAAGAAUGAAAGAUGUUGAAAAGCAAGCCUUCAUUGACUUCCGUGACGCUUGUAACUUUUACGGACCUCAAAGAGUCUUUUGGCAAGGCGUCUUCGGCACUACCGAGUUCAUGGCCACCCUUGGAUUCACAUUAUUGAGAAUCAAAACUCUCCUAACUGUACCUUCGAAUACUGCUGCACAAGAGUGUAUGAGAAAGUUGGUGGGUCACCUCAAGACUCUGUACGACGUCUAUCCAGAAUCGGAAGAGUGGUUCAAGGUAGUUUAUCUACCAACUGAAUCAGCAACUCGUCGCGAUGUUUCGGAGCAGGACGAAAUUGAUGCCGAGACCGUUUCCAACAUGGUUGCUGAUGGAGAACAACGAACUGAAGAUGCAAAACUCGAAAAGUACAAGCUCUGGAAUCAUAUUGUCCAGGCCUACAAAAAUGAUGCUUCAGAUAAGACGAUACAUCCAGCAGAUGGACGCAAAAAGAACGCUCACAUUUGGCUAUCACGUCGCUCGCAAAUCAAGGCUGGUAAUAACAUUGGAUCAAAGGAGCAGAAGAUCUUCAUCGAACUCACAAAUGCCAUGACUAAGAGGAUCUUCGAAGGUUCUGCCAUUCGUAUUGUAGUUUGUACAUCCAAUACCUCUGCUCUUCUGGAAGAAUACAAGUGGACGCCGUGGGCAGUAUUGAUUGAUGAGACUUCUGCUGGAAGAGAACCAGACUGUUAUGUUCCCCUAGGCUUCAAGCCCAGGCGCAUUGUGUUGGCUGGAGAUCUUGAGAAAGUAAAGCUUUUUACCAGAUCAGCCGGUCACAAUGAGUUCGCAGACCAGCUCGGAUUAUCGCUCUACGAACGAUUGUAUGGAAAGCCAACCAUGCCACUUUAUCGAUUAAUUAUCAAAUACUUCAUGCAUCCCGAUAUUGCCGAACUUCCUGCCAAUCUAACUUACGAAUGGCUGGAGAGUGAUGAUUCAACGGUGGUACCUUCUGAUGAGUUCAAGUUCUUUGAGGAUUGGUGGUAUUCAGAGCCAGCCAAGAUUUAUAGAGACAAUCGUCGAAAGCCAGCAUUUGGUCUCGAUAUUGAUGAGUCUAGAAUUCAUCGCAUGUACUUCAAUGUCAAAAAUGGAGAGUCUGCAUCAAAACACGGGUCUUCAUCUCAAUUGAAUCACGCCAACAUCAAUGCAAUUGCGGAUAUGGUCAUGAGUAUCAUGAAGCAUCAACCAACUUGUGGUUUGGCACCAUUACCAUUUGACAAGAUUAGUAUCUUCACUCAAUAUAAAGUAGAGAAUAUGGAAUUGGUGAAUCAAGUUAAGAUGGGAAUUCGCCAUAUUGGUUUCUUGAAAGAAUGGAAUCGAAUGAAUGUAGCACUCACUCAUGCACGUGCUCAAUCGACUUUGAUUAUGUUUGGAAACCUCGAUCUGUGGCGCAGUCAACUCCCGGGUCUCCUUAAAGGUAUGAGAUACAAGAAGCUUGGUCUCUUCAUCAUGGAUCUUCUCGAUUAUGGUGAAAACAUCGACAUUGAUGUUGAUAAUACUGUACCCGCAAGUCUGGAAGAGUUACCUGAUCAUAAGACUUGGUCCAAGACCAUGAUUUCGGUCCCUGCUGUUAAUAGCAAGAUCUUAAAAGCCUUCUAUGCCAUUAAAUGUGAAGAGCACGGCAAGGCACAACGAGAGAAUUUCAGACUUGGUGAGGCAAUCGAAGCUCCUCUCAGAGUUCAACGAGACGGUGGAAUGGAUGGCGACGGAGAAGAGGUUGAUUCCGACGAUGAUGACGAGGCACCUGAGGUCAAAGACAAGGAUGGUGAUUUGGACAUGGACGCCAGUCGCAUGUUGACCGAAGUAGAAUUGGCUGAGAUGGACCAGGCAGUGACCGAAAGCGUGUAUUGA